ACUCUCUGGGCAUGUGGGAUUCCCCCCCCCCGCCCUUUUACUUCUUCGUAAUUUCAGCCGGGGCAUGAGCGCCACUAAUACGCACUGGGGCAUCUGUUUCGGAGGAGCGGAGGCGAGGAGCCCGGCACAGGGCCAGAGCAUGGGGUGAUGAGGACUAUCCUCUGCUGACCUCAAUGCAGAUGACCAGUGAUGGCCACAGCAUCACCUCGGCAUUUGUUGGAUGACGUAAUAAACGCAGAACAACAACAACAACAGGAACAACAGCAGCAGCCGGAAUUCCUGAGCUCGCUGGAGACAGUUGUUCUCACUGUCUUUCUCUCCAUCAUUAUCAUCAUGACAGUGUUUGGAAACCUACUGGUCAUGGUGGCACUCUGCAAGGACAGACAUCUACGAAAGAAGAAGACUAACUACUUCAUUGUGUCGCUGGCGUUUGCUGACUUACUGGUUGCACUGGUGGUGAUGCCCUUCGCUGCGAUCGAGCUGACCACUGGCCAGUGGCGGUAUGGAGAGAUCUUCUGCCUGGUCCGAACGUCUCUGGAUGUCCUGUUGACGACAGCCUCCAUCCUGCACCUGUGCUGCAUUGCAUUGGACAGGUAUUACGCUAUUUGCUGCCAGCCGCUGGUCUACAGACACAAGAUGACCCCGGUCCGAGUGGCAGUGAUGCUCAGCGGCUGCUGGAUCAUCCCCACAUUCAUCUCCUUCCUACCCAUUAUGCAAAGCUGGAACGCUAUCGGCAUCGAGGACAUUAUUGAGGAAAGGCGAGCCAUGGUAGGAGGCUCCAAUGACACAAGCUGUGUGUUUCUGGUCAACCGGCCGUAUGCCCUGAUCUGCUCUGCGGUGGCCUUCUACGUCCCGUUAGCCCUCAUGGUCCUGGCCUACCAGCGCAUCUACAUCACAGCCAUGACCCACGUAAGGCAGAUCGAGACUUUGCAGCGGGCUGGCUCUGCACCCGUCACCGGGACAGCUCCGGUGAUCACCGUGAGGUCCUCCACUUCCUCAGAUCCAUCGGAGCACCAUCGCCUUAGGACAACAGCGGGCUCCUCUGCCUCAGAGCAGGCUCCCAUAGCAAAUAGCCGCAUGCGUGUUGAAACUAAGGCGGCAAAAACGCUGGCGAUUAUAAUGGGUUGUUUCUGUCUUUGCUGGGCGCCAUUCUUUAUCACCAAUGUGGUGGACCCCUUCAUUCAUUACACAGUGCCCUGGCAGCUUUGGACAGCAUGGCUGUGGCUCGGGUACAUUAACUCAGGGUUGAACCCCUUCCUCUACGCCUUUCUGAACAGGGCAUUUCGGAGGGCAUUUUUGGUGAUUCUCUGCUGUGGGGAUGAGCGCUAUGUACGGCACGGGAGCUGCUCUUAUAGACAUACCCACAGAGCAUACUCAGCUGCGUCGGUCAACGGAACUUCUAUGGCCUUGAGAUUGUCCUUCCUGCCAAACCGGAGCUACAGCGACAAUGGACGGACAAUACUAGGCAAUGAGCAGGAGUCCCAGGACUCUCUCGGACCACUAUGAGGAUGACUUGACAGAGCUGUGACAUUGUCAGCGGGUGCGGGGGACCUCUGAGUUUGUUUAGAGACAAAGACUUCUUGGCCUCUGUUAUCUCAACAGUCUACCGUGAACUGACCUGAGAUGUAUAUGAGAAUAUUGCCUCACCUGGACAUUCACUCUAUGACAUUCUUUAUGCUGUCCAGGAUAAUCUAAACGUUAGAGGUACUAUUGCUGGGCAUCAGACACGUGCAGAAAGUCUUGCUCUUGGUGACUACAAAAGAUACUAAAUGACGCAUAUUGAUGCAGAAUUCAAGUAUCUACUCAUUGUAAAACCCAAAAAACUGUUCUUUUCAGUCGAACGUCUGGAUCACAGGAUGUGAAGAUCAAGUCAGCUACAGUUCUCAGAAAAUGACAGUAAGACUACAAGUUAAACUCUGGCUAACAUGAUGGUGGAAUCAAGAGGCCUCUACUGCUUUUUAACCUCUAUGCUGACAUUUCAUCAUAGCUUAAAACUGACAUUCUUUGGUGGCAUGUUGUGAAGGAGAAACGAGUUAUAACAGAGUUGACUGCCAGCUGGUCACAGGGGUGAUUGCCGGUCUUAUUAAAGUUCAGUUUAUUGCACAGCAGUUUGUAUUCUUGCCUUUUACCAGCAUCGCUGCCACUCUGAAACAGCUGGAUGUAAUGUUAUGUCAAAAGUGAACAUUUUUAUUUCAUAUUCAGUUUUAAAAACACCAAAGGCUGAGGAUGCGAUGAAAUACAGCAUUAUAAAAACUGUUAAAUCAUUCACCAUUGUGAUGAAACACAUGCCUAAAUCCUUCAUGGCACAUAAAAUAUUGUUGCACUUACCUCUGUGGGUUGAACGUUUCUGUUGCAUCUCUGUCCACACGCCCAAAAGGGAUGUUGUUUGGUUUUAUAGUCUAGCUCUACAUGUAGAUCACUGUAGCAAAUUGGAUUGGUCAGAUAAAAAUCGAGUGUAAUGAGCCGCCUUUUCUUUAAAUUGAGAUAAUAUGUACGGGUUGUUUUAUAUUCCCACCAUGAAAGAAUUAUAAUUAUGGAGGAGAUACCUUGAAACUUUCUUUCUCUUGUUCAUCCCCCUCUAUGAAAACCUGCAGCUGGAUGGAAGCUGCUGGAAACAGCCAUGACAAGGCUGAAGAGACAACCUGUUCGGGUAUCAGAGUUUGUCCCAAACUCAAACACAGAACAAGUAGGCGGGACAGAUAUAGUCUCUUAGAAUUUAGUAAACAAAAGGAGAAACCUAACUUACAGCAGAGUCCAAAAAUUCUACAAAGCAGAUGGCAACGAGCAGGGCGGGACCAAGACCAGGUGGUGGACAUGAGGAAAUCAGACAGACUCACACACAGGCAAGUUGACAUGAAACAGAACCAAACCAAGGCAAACACAGAUCAGAAUAAUGAAUAUAACAAACUAAUCAAGAACACAAGCAGACAGACCAUAACCAGAUAUAUUAUGAAACAGGCAGAUGCAACAAACCAAGACAGGGCAAGAACAAUAAGACAAGUCUAAACUAAACAGAAUAGCAAACAGGGGGAUUGCACGCAAGAUGUCAGCAACUAAUCAAACAGGAACUGGACAGAUAUGAGACAGGACAGGUACUCAAACUCAAACUUGUUUCAAACUGAAUAUGUCUUGAUAACAUUCAAUAUUUAUGAUUAAAUAAGCAACAAAUUUAAAGUUUGGGAAAAAACUGAACAAGUAUAGUAUGUAUACUUAUUUAUUAAGAAUUUAACACUUAACAACUCAUCUGCUUCAUUAGGACUGUGUAUGUGUGGUCUAAUCGCGCUUGUUUCCCUGGCAACAUGAACAAACAACCCAUCAGCUGUCAUCUGAUUUUGGAAUGAAAUAUUGCUAGACUCUGAUUGGUACAUGGAAGUGUGUGACAUGUCGGUUUUCCAAUUGAGCCCCACCCACCUCUAACCAGUAAGAAGAGCACAGACACUACAAUUUCUCAUUUUACCAUAUGGGAAAUUAUUUAUUUUAAAAUUUUGAAAUCAGUAAAAAAAAACAUUUUAUCCUGAAAACUCAUCACAUUUUGUUGAUUUUUUUCCCUUUUUCAAUCAUCAUGAAUAUCGAAACAACUUUAUUGGAUAAGGCUUGUGAUAUUCAAAAUUUUUCUUAUUGGUAACAUAUCAUGUGAAAAAAAUGAAGCAAGAAUCUCUCUGCCUCACAAUACUUUCUGACUUCACUAUGUCUGUUCCUAUUGACUGGCUCACAAAUGUAUACAAUAGCUUCAUUUUCAAAAAAAGGCUCAAUGAUGCCCUAAUAUAGGUGAUCACUGUAAUUUUUAGCAAAUGCAAAAACAGGAGUAUACUGUGAAUAUAUACACACAUACAUACGUACAUUUCACUCUUUGGAUAUACAUGCAAUAUUAUUAGUAGGAUCAAUUCAAUAUAUAUUGAAUAUAUAUAACAUUGAAUAUAUAGAAUAUUCAAUAUCCAGACCUAUCCUUUAACUUACAAAACAUUGUAAGUCAGAAUUGCAUUCACUGUACACAAUAAUACAUUAGGUGUAUUUACUUUUUUCACAUUUAGAACUCCAUAAAAACCAUUCAAUAUACCGGUAACAAACUACAAAUGAAAAUAUAAAAAAACUAAUGUAAUAAGUAUGGUCCUAAAGUUCUUCUAUUAUUGUUUUGCAUAUAUUUCCCUUAAACCACUAACUUCAAUAUUUUUUUCUCUGCUACAUUGUCCAGUUGAUAGCAUUGUGACAUGAUCCUUUGAUGGUGGAUGACUAAACUGUAAGCUUCACGUUUUUUGCCAGCAACACAUAAUUUACAUUUUAGGACAUUGUCAUCAAUCUUUUUAAAGAGUGUUGAAAUAAAAACAAGAAUAUUUGAUUUUGCACUGACACGUGUUCUUCUGCACAUGUAAUAUGUGUUGUUCUCUCCAUAGAGAACCAGAAAAUGAGAAAUCAGAACAUUUUAACAAACAAUAUGAAUAUUUUCCUCAUUAGACAUUUUAAGCACAUUCAGGCCAAGGUGACUAUUAAGGUCUGAUGCCACUCAAAUGAAGAAUAAGAGACUAAGAGAGAAAUAAGUCUGUGUCUUUGAGUUGCUUAAAAGAUUCUGUUUCUGGCCACCUGGUGACAAAAGCAAGAUAUUCACUCUCCUUUUAGCUUUGAUUUGGUCACUAUUUUCCAAACCAGCCACCUGUUUUGACUUUCUGGCAUUUUGUGUUGGGCACGUAGCAUUUUCUCAGCAUGUUUGAGCUAGUUUGCUUGCAACAGCCACCUACGUGGGGGCCUGUGAGAGCAAGGGCUUGGAAAAACAAAAAUAAUGAGUAAAAAGCAGCUGAAUAUUGAUAAAAUCACUAUAGAGCUGCAGAAUCUGUUGUUUUUCUAGGUGGGUUUGGCAGCACCUGGUGACCUUGUCACAUUACUCAGUCAUUUGGUUCAAAGGUAGAUUCAAGAAUGCCUGUAGAUUUAACUCUCCUCCAAUGUUUGAUGCUCAGUUUACAUAUCUGAACUCCAUCUGUCUAAUCUAUCUAUCGACACAUGGAGGUGUGAAACCAACUCAGCCGCCUACUUUCUGUCAUCACUGAUUUAUAGAUUCUGCAAUUAUGCCUUAGAAAACAACAUUUAACUCAUCAUUUUUCCUUUUAACUUCAGUGCAAAACCUCUAAGGCCUGCUUCAAAGAUGAAGAGAUAAAUGAAUGUCUUAUUAUAAUGUGACAACUUUUAACAGUCCACUGUGUUUUUUUUUUUAUCUUUAUUGUGUGUGAUGGAA